AUGUGGAAACAGAUAAUUGCCAGACCACAAUCUACUCUUGCGCCCGUCUCGCUUUCGUUGCCACACAAGCCUCUGGCACCUACCACUAUUUCAAGACUCACCAAGGUUUUCCCCAAAAUCGAACAAGUUAACCACGACAACUUGUACGGAAAACCAUUCAAGAACGCCUACUAUAUUUCAAGAACUCACAAAGGAAACAUACCCGUUUACAGAACGUACAAAAGUCAGGCCGUUGUCACCGAAGUGCGAAGAAUCGACGGAAGCCUGACCAGGUUCAGGGACGACGUUCAGAAGCUUUUCCCCGAAAAACCAAAAAGCGAUUUCACCUGCCUCAUGAGUAGCAUGACGCUGCGGAUCAAAGGCGAUGUCUCCAAACCUCUGAAAAAGUACCUGAGCGAAGCAUUCUAG